AUGUCGACGGGAAAUCCUUAUGGCCUCUCCGAGAUUUCACACUAUGGCUCCAUGCGCAAUGUGGGCGGCAAAGCAGGGGGCUUCAUCAACAAGAAGUUCUUCCAUCCAUCGUCCCUGCGCAACCAGGAGAAGCUGUGGAAGGCCAUCACUUCCGAUGCCGCAGAGAAGCGGAAGCAAGAUGAUUUGGAGAAGGCAAGAGAAGAAGAGAGAAAAGUGGACGCCUUACGAAAGGAGAUGUACUUAGCUGGUCAGUCAAAGAGUGCAAUGUUCACCGCAGCGAGUUCAUCAGAAGGGAAGGAACGCGGCACCUUGGAACAGAUCAAGGCGAACCGCGAGCUGAAACGCCGCAAGGAGCUUCUGAAGGAGGCGAAAGAAGCCAAAGACGAGGCGAAAGAGGCGAAAGACGAGGAGAUAGAAAUCUUAGAGGAGUACCUAGCCAGCCCUGACCCCAACGUCAAGCUGGAGGAGGAUGCAGGUGAAGGGACCGCAAAUAGCGCAGGGAGCGCAGCCAGUAGCCGCACAUUGGUGAAAUCCAAGUAUCCCGAGGACUGGGCUGGCUUAUGGCCCCAGAAAUUUGGUGCUGCGGGUAUUCUGGGUGAAUAUUUCCAGGACAUCACCGUGCGCGGGCACUCGCAGAUUUGGGGCUCCUGGUUCACCACGGACGAGCAGCGCUGGGGUUUCGGCUGUUGCCACAUCACGGACCUCCUUGCACGAUGUCCUCACGGGCCGGAGGAGGAGGAGCCCCCUUUGGAGAAACCCGCCAAAAAAAAGCGACGGCGCAAUGAAAAAGCCGAGGCUGCAUCGCCAGCUGAGCCGAGUCAGGGAAGUGUUUAA